AUGUCGUUCUCGUUCUUUAAGGUUUCCAGGCCUAAAACGCCGCAGGAAGUGGUCAAGUCUAUCAAAGAGAGUCUCGUCGCACUCGAUACCAAAACCGUUGUUGAAGUUAAAGCCCUUGAGAAGGCUUUAGAGGAAGUUGAAAAGAAUUUUGUUACAAUGAGAACUAUGCUCUCUGGAGAUGGGGAAUCAGAACCCAAUUUGGAUCAGGUUUCACAGCUUGUGGAGGAAAUCUGCAAGGAGGAAGUUCUUACUCUCGUAAUUCACAAGCUGCCUAUACUUGGAUGGGAAGCUAGAAAGGAUUUAGUCCACUGCUGGUCCAUAUUAUUGAAACAAAAGGUUGACUCGAAUGAUUGCUGUGUAGAAUACAUUGAGCAACACUUUGAAUUACUAGAUGUUCUUGUUGUAUACUAUGAUAACAAAGAAAUUGCGUUGAGCUCUGGCAUAAUGUUGCGGGAGUGCAUCAAAUUUCCCAAUCUCGCAAAAUACAUAUUGGAAUCUGCAAGCUUUGCGUUGUUCUUUAAAUUUGUAGAGUUGCCUAACUUUGAUGUAUCAUCUGAUGCAUUUUCUACAUUUAAGGACCUUCUCACUAAACAUGGAAAUGUGGUUGCCGAAUUUUUGACGGCUCACUAUGAUGAGUUCUUUGAUCAAUACGAGAACCUUUUGACGUCUCCUAAUUACGUCACAAGGAGGCAGUCUAUAAAGCUUCUCUCGGAUUUUCUUCUGGAAUCUCCCAAUGCUCAGAUAAUGAAGCGCUACAUCUUAGAAGUUCGUUAUUUGAAAGUUAUGAUGAGAUUGUUGACGGAUUCAAGUAAAAACAUUCAGUUAUCAGUUUUUCACAUUUUCAAGAUUUUUGUUGCGAAUCCUAAUAAGCCUCGAGACGUGAAAAUUAUUCUGGGGAAGAACCAGGAGAAGCUGCUAGGGUUGCUUCAUAGCCUAUCGCCGGGAAAAGGUUCUGAAGAUGAGCAAUUUGAAGAGGAAAAGGAGUUUAUCAUCAAGGAAAUUGAAAGAAUAUCUGUAUAA